GAUUCGAACGCCGGGCGCCCUGCAAAGAUCCGCAGGCACUUUAGUCCAGCCCGGAAGCUCCCUUCUUCAUCUUCUAUGACAGAAAAGAAGGACCGGAGAAAUUCUGAAAAGUAUCGUAAUCAAUGGGCAAGCGAAAGCUUCAGCCAAAGAUAAUCUGCAUUGACCUCGAUUUGCAGACCACAGAGGCAUGUGGGAUUCCAGUUAAAAAAUGUCGAUCAUCUCUUAUAUCAAGGCGCACUUACAGGAAUGGUUUAAAAGAUUCUGAGAAUGUUGAACCUUUUCAGCAAGUACCCCUCUAUGUUGUAGGUGACUCUGCCAUUCCUCGUCGCAAGCGAUCACAAUCAACAAGGAAAAGUGGAUGCAAUAGUGCAGUUCCUAGUCGAAAAAAGAAGCUCGACUCUAGAGCUUUUGAAUAUUGUUUUCAGAAUUUAUGGAGGAGCUCUCCAGAAGAGAAGAAGAUUCAGUUUACAUACCUUGACUGCUUAUGGUUUAGCCUGUACUUGAAAGCUGCCCACAGAAGAAAGGUCCUAAAAUGGAUAAAGGACAAAGAAAUAUUUUCAAAGAAAUAUGUCUUUGUUCCUAUUGUUUGCUGGGGCCACUGGAGCCUCUUGAUAUUUUGCCACUUCGAUGAGAGCCCGGAGUCAGAAACUAGAGGACCAUGCAUGUUAUUGCUUGACUCACUUCAGGAGGCAAAUCCAAGACGGCUUGAACCAGAUAUUAGAAAAUUUGUGUUGGACAUUUUCAAAGAAUAUGGUAGGUGCAAAAAUUUGAAUUUUCUCUGCAAAAUUCCUCUCAUGGUGCCGAAGGUGCCACAACAGAAAAAUGGUGAAGAAUGUGGCAAAUUUGUUUUGUACUUCAUUCAUUUGUUCAUGGAGGCUGCUCCACAGAAUUUUAGCAUCAAGGACUACCCAUACUUUAUGAAAGAGACUUGGUUUACACCAGAAGGUGCAGGUCAGUUCUACCAGAAACUCGACCAUCUCGAAGACGAUAUCAGUCUUUAAUUUGUGCUAGAUGCUUGGAUUUUCAUACUCGGCACGGUCAAGUUGUCAUCUACGGUGAGAAAAUUGUAUAGCAAGGGUCACCAAUUCCUGACGAAGUUUAGUGUCUUUUGAAUUAGAGGAUUUUGUAGUGAAAUGAGCUGCAGUCAUUGAUGGCUCAUUCACUAAUCGUAGAACAUAUAGUUUCACGAGUAGAGUAGUUGCGACCUGACGAAUUGAUUGGGUUUACCAUUACACUUUUAUAUAUGUGUAAAUGCAUUUGCUCAUAUGAUGUUACUAUAGAGUGUAGACCCAUUUCACUGUCAAAUCUUGGUUUCUUGUCACAAUUGUUGUCGAAUCAUGGACCAAUUAUAAAGUAAAUUCAAUGAAGGGAACAGUUUUUUUUUAUUAUUA